AACAGGGUCCUAUUCUAUUAUCCAAAUUCCAAAGUUCCUCUCUUUUUCACCUUUCACCCCAACCCACAUGCUCCUCUCUCUCUAUAUCUCUAUAUCUCUCCCUCUCUCUCUCAACAAGCUUUAAUAGUGUUAGUUAACUUGUUCCUGCACUGUAUUGCCACCUUGCUCUGUUUUUGCUCUGUUUUGCUCUGUUUUUGUUGAAACAGAGUUACUCUGUUUUGCUCUGUUAAGAAGAAGAAGAAGAUUGAAGAAGGUGCUGUUAUUGUUGUUGCUGUAGUGUUAAUUGUGAUUGAACUCAAAGAUGAACAAAUGGUAAGAGAAGGGUAAAAGUGGAAAGAAAAAAGAGCAAAAGAACAGUGAUGGUAAUGGUACUAGGAAUAGAAGAACAUGUUGUUGAAAAUGGUUGGAGUCCAAUAGGGGCCCCAUUAAAUGUACAAAGAGAUGAACAUCAACAACAACAACAACAUUGGAAUAACAACAACAUCAACAACAAUUUUGAUAGUUCUAAUGCUGUCUCUUUUGGUUUUGUUGCUACAGCUAUUCUUAUUUCAAUGUUCUUACUCAUGGCUAUUUUUGAAAGGUUCCUUGCACCUUCUUCACAAGCUUUGUUUCCUAAUCGUCGCCGGAACCGUCGUGAUGUUGAAUCUCCGAUCACAAAACCUGGUCACUCAUCACCAAAAGUGAAAGAGUGUAUUUACCAGCUGGGUUUCAGUUUUAAUGCCUGGAGAAGAGAUUCCCACAUUCAUUGCUCAUCCUGCACCGGUACCGUGUUGUCCCGAACGAAUUUCAUGGCCUUCUCAUCAGCAUACAACAUUGCAUAGUUCCACUUCCAAUGUCCUGCCUAAUAAUAUCAAUCAUGUAUGAAUGAGAGAAUUAAAUGUGACAAUGUUGUGCAAUCUGCAUAUGAAAAUCAAGGAGUUUGGUGAAUAUUAAUUUAUGUGUAACAUUCAUCAAAUUUUAUCCAAAUGAGCUUUCUAUAUAGCUUAUAUCAUGAAUGUAUAUAGGAUUUAGUUUAGGUGAUUCUCAAUGGGUGAUCAAGUGAUGUGAUCUUUCUAGUAUGUAUGUGAGUUUUUUCUCCUAGUA